AUGAGCUUAUUCGCAAACGCAGUGAUGACCCGCGCAGCUAAGAACCAAUACUACGGCCACAUCCAGCUUGAGAUGAAGCGCUUCAUGCACGAGCUCUCCCAAAAGCCAGAAGACUUCUUCACUCUCACACAUCUCUUCUGCGCUAGAAUCAGCUCUCGCCUCGCGUAUGGCACCGCUGAUCGUUCAAUAGAGCACAUGACCAACGCCGGCGCCUUCAUCUCUCAACUUGGCCCUUCUGGACCCAUACCUAAUCUCAUGCCGUUCCUAAGAUAUUUCCCUGAGUGGAUGGUGCCGGGUCAGCGUGGAGUGCGAGAACGCCGAGAAAAGGAAGCAGUGCUGUGGAAGGACACAUUCGAUCUGGCAAAAGCAUCCAAAGACAAUACAAUUUACACGACCGCAAGCUUGGCUACCAAAGCUAUUGGCUCCGAUACCGACCUUCUUUUCGCUGAUGAGGAAGAGGCCAUAGCUGCAGUUGGCAUGCUCUGCACUGUCGCGAUCUAUACUAUUGGCGGACCGGCGACGCUGUUCGUCAUGGCUAUGAUUCUGCAUCCGGAAUGGCAGGAGAAAGUACGCCAGCAGAUCGAUGAGGUAGUUGGGAAAGAUGAGAUGGUGGACUUGAAGCACAGUUCCCAAUUACCGAUCUUGAGGGCAGCUAUCAAGGAAUGUGUGAGAUGGAAGAGUACUGUUCCACUCGGUAAGUUCCUGCUUCCCUCUGUAUCCUAA